UACAUGGCCCUAGGAAAGCAGUUCUGCCAGUGGUUCUACAACCUUGUGAACACCCAGAAUCCCACACUGGGUCAAGAACCACUGCACUGGGGUCCCCAGCAUUUUUGGGAGGACGCACGGCUGAUGCUUUGUUACAGUGCAGAAGUGCAGCAAACGGACAGGUUUCAGGGGGCCGAGCUGGUCAGCCAGCGUUUCCUCGCUCUCGUAAGGGACGAGAGACUCUUCUUCAGCCCCAACCUGGAGCCACAUGGACUGAAGUGCGAAGCCACUCCCCACGGGCUGGUAAUGGCGGCCGUAGCCGGAACAAUCCACCGCGAACGGGCCUGUCUGGGAAUCUUCGAGCAGGCGUUCGGCCUCAUACGCUCCCCACUGGACGCCAACAGCUGGAAGAUCAAGUUUACACAUUUGAAAAUAAGACGGCAGAAUGAACUCACUGGAGAAGAGGAAAUGACAUCACCAGCAUUAACAUACAACUCAAAAGAACUUCUGUCGCUCUGUGAAUGAGGAUUCAAAUAUGCCUUUUGUAAUUAUAUGUAGAGGCAAUGGACGCUAUCUUGACGUACAGUCAGAGUGCUGAAGAAUUACUGCAGCGAAGGAAGAUGUAUCGUGACGUUAUAUUUCAGUACCUGAGCAGUGAGGGUAUUGCAAUGCCUCGCGACGCCGACAAGAAUCAGCUUGUAAGGAGGGCCCUGCAGUUUUGGGCUUCGAAUUCGAGGGUAAAAUCAAAUAACGUUAGAAUCGCAUACAGUUCUAUAAGGAAUUAUCUUCUCUGUAGGAUGAUGCAAUGUGCUAGUAUUGAUGGGCUACAU